CGGGCGCAUGUGCCUCGAAGGUGAGGGCGGCGACGUUUGCACCGGCGUGAGUUGUGUGUUUUUUGUGUCUUAUACAGAUACUAACAUGAUACUAACACGACUUGCGGUCCCUGUCCGUGACGGCCUUUCAUAGGCAGAGAAGUCGGAGGGGAAUCAGGUAUUCCCAAUGAUACGUACAUAUAAAGCUUCGCAUGACUUCCAGUGUGGAGAUUCUUCUUUGUUUGAAAGACCGAGAGAUACGCAUCAUGUCCUUUUUGAACCUGGCUUUUCUUGUUUGCGUCCACAGAUUCUUCAGAAUCGGCAGGCGGUCAGCUAGGAGCAGACAUUAUCAUGUCCCAAACACGUAUAUACGACGUGUGUUUCACCAUGCGUCCCUUGUGUAAGACGUGUUGCUUAGUCAUCGAUUGCAGCGACUCUGGACAUUCUUUGCUCAGCUGAUUCAGAUCAACAGUGCCUUGAAGUUUAACAGCAGGUGCUGUGCAAAGUGCACCAUGGAGCCUAGCCCGGAGGUGAAGGUUCAAGCCACUUUGAGCAAAGGCAAAGGAUCUUUCCAUGUUGGAGAGACAGCAGGAACACAUGCAGAUGCUGAGCAUGUGCAGACUGCCGAGGAUGCAGUGGAUGUGGCGGAAAAGAUCAUCAACCAGAAGCAUCAUGAUGGGAUUAUGUUUCGAAACCAAACCUCAGGCAGACUGGGUCAAUGUUUGAAGUCCCCUCGCUUUGAAUCCAUUUUGUCCAUUGUGAUUUGCUUGAACAUGAUCCUGAUUGUGGCGGAGACGGACCUCACGGCUGAUGGACAAUCACCUCCAACAUGGAUCACUGGGUCCAAUUUGACCUUCCUUUUCAUCUAUGUGGUGGAGUGCAUUGUGAAGAUCAUUGUUUUCCGCUUGGAAUACUUUCAGGAUACAUGGAACUGGCUGGACUUGCUGGUGGUGUGUUCUGAUUCCUGCUUGACAUUCCUAAACUUCUUCGACAGUGUGGAGCGAAUCUCCAUGAUCAGGAUUUUCCGAUUGAUCAAGCUCUCACGCGCCAUCCGCGUGAUUCGACAGAUCUGGGAACUGAAGAUUUUACUCCUGGGAUUCAAAGCAGCUGCCAAGUCCAUCUUCUUCGGCAUGGGAAUGGUCUUGGUGAUGACAUGUGUUUGGGCCAUCUUGGGAGUACAACUCAUCCACCCUGUGAACAGCGAGAUUUGGGUCGACAGUGAUUGCGAUCGAUGCGGUCGAGCUUUUGGUUCGACUUGGAAUGCCUUCAUUACUAUUUUCCAGACAGUCAUUGCCGGAGAUAGCUGGGGAGUACUAGCUGUUCCAAUCAUUGAGCAUUCUUGGUGGACUUCCACGUGGUUCUUAAAUGUUCUUAAUUGUCUUCGUGACGGUCAACCUGGCAUCCUCGCUGUGAUUGUUGAACGAGCUGCAGAUGCACGAGAUCAAGAAGUCAAGAGGGGCAUCUUGGAGCAGGAGGAGACCAUGCACAAGUCCAAGUUGAAACUCAUUCAGCUUUGCCGGGACCUCGACACGGAUCAAAAUGGUCGCCUGAGCGAAGAUGAGUUCUUGGAUGGUUUCGAAUCCAAUCCAGCCUUUGCCUCUGCCUUGUUGGGCAUGGGUGUUUAUCCGGAAGACAUUGGCCUUCUCUUUGACGUGCUGGAUACGAGGGGCACCGGUGAAGUGACGUAUGUGAGCUUCGUGAACAUCCUGGCACGAUUGAGAACCCAAAUGAAUCAAGUGAUCCUUUUUUCCAUUACAGAAUUGCGAAAGUCGGUCACCGAGCUCCAAAAGAGCACCUGUUCUCGCGACCGGGGCGCAACUCCGGGGCGCGGCUCCGCUCGGACGGAGCUCUCAAGCAGUGACGGUCAGCGCGUCGCUUGGAAAAGCUCGGUGCCGGCACCGAAGGCGAUGGAGAAGGGCUUGGAGAACUUGAUGAAGCUCCAGCUGGAGGAGAUGACCGUGGACAUGGAACAUCGAUUCCAGCAGAUGCAUUCAGAGAUCCUAUUGAGUUUCUCCAGGGCGGUACAGGUGAUGGUGGAAUCUCAAAGAGAGCAGAUGACUUCGCCGCACUGCGAGAACCUCCUGAGCUCUAUGUGGAAAGAAUUGGACUUCAUGGCGAGUGACCUGGAAUCCUCCAUGAAUGCCGAAAACGGCGCCGCCGUGUUCGACGGCGGCGCCAACAUGAGGUCAACGGUUCAAUCGAAUCGGUUGAUUCCGCAGGUGGAAGAAGCAACUCCAGACAAUCCGGCACUUUGCUGCCAGGCGUCGCCAGAGAAUGCUGGGCGGUCGCGGACAUUUGAGCCUUCGGCGGAUGAGCGGUGAGAGCUGCAACUCACUGUUCAGGAUGGAUGCCUAUUUUGUUUGAGGAUGGACGCCAAUUUUGUAUCAAUCCGUCAGUGUAAUGUAUAUACUGUAUGAGGAAUCUUCAGAGAUGGAGACUCCAUAGCUUUGCAUGAUUCUUUUGCUUCUCGAAUGACUGGCGAAGGCCUUGCACUGUCAUAACAAUCUAAGUGUUCCGCAAGUGUUCAGUGGUGGACGCGGACGAUGCGUGAACCUUCCGAAGCAAUCCCAAGCAGACUUGCUGAACCCGUAUACGAACCGUGUUCGACGCCGCUAUUGCCCACCACAACGGUAUUGCCAUGUCUCACAGGCUUGCACAAAUGUGCCAAGCUGCCUGGAAAAAGAAACCUCUCAAAGUGAGAACUGCUUUGUGAAAAA